AUGUCCAAGUACAAAUGGAGAGAUUUGCUGGACCUUAAUAGUAAAGAGAAGAGUUACAUGUCUCCGCUAGCAUGUGUGGCACAUAUUGAUGCAAAUGCGUUCUUUGCUCAGGUCGAACAAGUACGAUGUGGCUAUUCCAGAGAAGAUCCUGUUGUAGCUGUCCAAUGGACUUCAAUUCUAGCUAUUUCUUAUGCAGCAAGAAAGUAUGAUAUAUCACGAAUGGAUAGCAUUAUUGAUGCCUUGAAGAAAUGUGACAAGCUAAUACCAAUACAUACAGCGGUAUUCCGAAAAGGCGAAGACUACUGGCAGUACCAUGACGGUUGUGGGAUGUGGGUAAAUGACGAAAAGAAAAAGCUCAGGCCGACAGAAUAUAAAGUUGCUUUGGAACCAUAUCGAAGGGAGAGCCGAAAACUCCUCAAGAUUCUUCAAAAUGAAUAUGAUCUAGUAGAAAAGGCAAGUGUUGACGAGGCGUUCGUUGAUUUAGGCAGAAAAGUGUUUUAUGGAUUACUUAUGGAUAGCGAAUUUGACGAAUUUGAUGAGAUUAGGACACUGUUCCGUGAAGGCAAUUAUAGCUUAGAUGACUAUCUUCCAAAAUUACCAAGCAUAAAGAAACUUCAGUACAGCGGAAAUGUGUACAACGACGAGAAUGUGCCUUAUUUUGAAGAUUGGGAUGAUGUGUUAAUGUGCAUUGGAAGCAUUUCCAUGAACAGUGUGCGCUCUCAAAUUGAUCACCAGCUCGGUUAUACAACAUCUUGCGGAAUUUCUAUGACAAAGAACGUUUGUAAACUUGCUUCUAACUUCAAGAAACCUAAUGCUCAAACUAUUGUCAGAAAUAGUUGUAUAAACGAUUUCCUUGAUAACGGAUCAUUCGAGAUAAACUCCUUCUGGACAUUGGGUGGUAUCAGAGGCCAAGAAUUAAUGCAAUUAAUGAAUCUUCCCUUUGUGGGUUCCAUAAAAUACAUUAGAGAUUCAUGGCCCAAUUCAAGUGAGGACAUAAGACAAUUCCUAUCCAGAAGUAUUGAAUCGAGAGGUGGACUCGAGUCAGAGUUUAACAUAAAUGCCACAGAUAUCGCGGAACUCAGCAACAAAGUGUAUCAGCUUGUAAGAGGUCAGUACAAACUUCCCAUACAACCUAAACCCUUGCCAAAAUCGAUGAUGUCAAAUAAAAAUAUAAGGAACGAUGAUUGCAGUAACGUGGUGGAUUGUAUUGAAUGGCUUGAAGUGUUUUGCAGCGAGCUAGCCUAUAGAGUGCUAGACUUGGAACAAGAGCAUGAAAAAAAGAUUGUCCCAAGAACCAUGUCAAUAAUGAUCAGAGGAAAAGCCGGCAUAAAACAUAGUCUUCAGAAAAGAAUAACGAUAACUUCGAGUUCGAUAAGUUCAAGGGAGUUAUUUGUGAAUGCUACAAAGCUUAUAAAUGAAAUUGACAAACAAUAUGGGAAAAAUCCUGGCAUAUAUCCGCUCCGAGGAUUAGCGUUAACUAUUUCAAACUUCGAUGUACUUGACAAAGGUAAGAGUGUUGUGGAAUUAUUCGGAAAUGUUGCUAGCGUGAAAAAUGGCGGUAGCAUUGACCCUUUCUCUGAAGAGCCUACCAGUGCACAAUCACAGCCAAUAAACGGGUCUGAACAGAAGUCGGAACAACAACUUGUCCCUGUAUCACAGAAAACAAAUAAUCUACAAUGCAAGACAUGCGGAGAAACUCUUCCCGAUGCAAAAUCCUUUCAAGAACAUACAGAUUUCCACGUGUCAGUUCAACUCUCAGAAAGAAUUAAUGGCGUAUCUGAAGACUCGCCGACAAUUUCGCAUGCAGAAAGACUCCUACUCUUCGGCAAACGAACUAAAAGCAGAAAAGGCACCAGAAAGAAGAGCCCCGAAGGUGGCAUUUUAAAAUUCUUCAAAAAGUAG